CACGCGCACUCCACGAGCGGACAGUUGCUGUCAGAUUUCGAUCACAAGUUGAGUUCAGGACAAACGAGCGGAUAAAACAGGCGACUUCCACUGGAUAUAGUUCAUGAGGUUUCUUUAUAUGUCGCCUUAUAGUUUCUUUGGGCUCGUCGUAAAGUGUGUGUGCUGUUAAGUUCAGUCUUUGCUGCUCACGAGCGCCGUUACUCUCAGCUGCUGCGUCUGUCAGGACCAAACGCUCGGAAAAACUCAUCCCAGCAAAGGAGCAUUGUCCGCUGCGCCCGGUGGUUCGCGCGCCGGCCGCAUCCUCGCGGCUCCGUCACCAUGGGCAACCGGGGGAUGGAGGAGCUGAUCCCGCUGGUGAACCGGCUGCAGGACGCCUUCAGUGCCAUCGGACAGACCUGCGACCUGGACCUGCCGCAGAUCGCGGUGGUCGGGGGUCAGAGCGCAGGCAAAAGCUCUGUCCUGGAAAAUUUCGUGGGCAGAGAUUUCCUGCCUAGGGGCUCAGGAAUUGUUACAAGGAGACCACUUAUCCUUCAGCUCAUCAGUUCAACUUCAGAGCAUGCAGAGUUUCUGCACUGUAAAGGAAAGAAGUUUACAGACUUUGAUGAUGUCCGACGGGAGAUCAAGGCAGAGACAGACAGAGUCACGGGAACAAAUAAGGGCAUAUCCUCCAUUCCCAUCAACCUUCGUGUCUACUCUCCAAAUGUUUUGAACCUCACUCUGAUAGAUCUUCCAGGCAUAACUAAAGUACCAGUGGGAGAUCAGCCCCCUGACAUUGAAUACCAGAUCAGAGACAUGAUCAUGCAGUUCAUCUGCAGAGAGAAUUGUCUCAUCCUGGCUGUCACACCCGCUAACAUGGAUCUGGCUAACUCUGAUGCUCUUAAACUGGCCAAAGAUGUGGAUCCACAGGGCCAUCGCACCAUCGGUGUGAUCACUAAGCUGGAUUUGAUGGACAAGGGCACAGAUGUCAGGGACGUGCUGGAGAACAGGUUACUGCCACUACGCAGAGGUUAUGUUGGUGUGGUCAACCGUAGUCAGAAGGACAUUGAGGGAAAAAAGGACAUCAGUGCAGCUCUGGCUGCAGAAAGACGGUUCUUCAAGUCACAUCCUGCAUAUAGACAUAUGGCAGACUGCAUGGGCACUCUGUACUUACAGAGGCUCCUCAAUCAGCAACUUACCAACCACAUUCGUGACACAUUACCAGCAUUACGCAGUCGACUGCAGGGUCAGCUUCUGUCACUGGAUAAAGAGGCAGAGGAGUACAAGUGUUUGAACCCAGAUGACCCCUCGCGAAAGACCAAGGCCUUAAUGCAGCUGAUACAGCACUUUGGGCUAGAUUUUGAGAAGCGGAUCGAGGGAUCUGGGGAUCAGGUGGACACAGUGGAGCUUUCAGGAGGAGCCAAAAUCAACCGCAUCUUUCAUGAGCGUUUUCCUUUUGAGCUGGUUAAGAUGGAGUUUGAUGAGAAAGAAUUACGAAGGGAGAUCAGUUACGCCAUUAAGAACAUCCAUGGCAUCAGGACAGGCCUGUUCACACCCGAUAUGGCCUUUGAAGCCAUAGUGAAACACAUGUACAGGAUGAUAUUAGAGUCCUUUCCAAAACUACGGGAGGAGACGGAGAGGAUAGUGACCACACACAUUCGGGAACGAGAGAGUCAAGCCAAAGACCAGGUUUUACUCUCACUAGAGAUUCAGCUCUCUUACAUCAACACAAACCAUGAAGAUUUUAUUGGGUUUGCAAAGUAACGGUAAACAGAUCAAACAAGUAAGAAGCCUUCAGCUGGGAACCAGGUGAUUCGCAAGGGCUGGUUAACCAUCAACAACAUCAGUCUGAUCAAAGGAGGGGCCAAGGAGUACUGGUUCAUGCUCACCGCAGAGAGUCUGUCCUGGUUUAAAGAUGACGAAGAAAAAGAGAAGAAAUACAUGCUUCCUCUGGACAACCUGAAGGUGCGAGACAUUGAAAAGGGCUUCAUGUCCAGCAAGCAUGUCUUUGCCAUCUUUAACACAGAGCAGAGGAACGUGUAUAAAGACUACAGGCAUCUGGAGCUGGCCUGUGACACUCAGGACGAGGUGGACAGCUGGAAGGCCUCUCUGCUGCGAGCUGGGGUUUACCCAGAGAAAACCACAGUGGAUGGAGAGGGUUCAGCUCAGGCGGAGAGCUUCUCCAUGGACCCUCAGCUGGAGCGUCAGGUCGAGACCAUCCGCAACCUGGUUGACUCGUACAUGAGCAUCGUCUAUAAAAGCAUCCGAGACCUGAUGCCCAAGACCAUCAUGCACCUCGUCAUCAACAAUGUAGAGGAGUUUAUCCACUCUGAGUUGCUGGCUCAGUUGUACUCCUCAGGAGAUCAGUACUCUCUGAUGGACGAGUCUCCUGAACAGGCCCUGCGCAGAGAGGAGGUGCUGCGUACUCACACCGCCCUGAAGGAGGCUCUAAACAUAAUCACUGACAUUUCUACUUCUACCUUCUCCACCCCGUUGCCACCCCCAGUAGAUAACUCUUGGCUCCAUAGUGGCUCGCUACACCGAAGGUCUCCUCCAGGUUAUAGUGUCCCUAAGAAGCAUCCUGCUCCGCCUGCUCCUUCUUUACCAGUUUGCUUGGAUGCUCCUGCCCCACCGGACUCCAACAGCAUGGUCAUUAUCUACAAUUUUGGUUGGAAGAUCCUGGUCCAUCGUAGUGUUACAGGUAUGAGGCACUGCUCACACAGAAAUUACUUUCAAACCAAGCAGCUUUUAGUCGUUCAAUGUGAUGUGUCUAGCUUUAACAUGAGCAAAAUCUUCAUGGGGAACUUUUACUCCCCCAAGCGCGACUGA